AUGAGUGAAUUUACAUCAUCUGUAAGUUCACAAACAACAAGUUGGUUUGAAUUUUUACUUAAUCCAACAUUAAUAGAUACAUUUCUAACAGAAGAUAAUCUCGAAAUUACUGGAACAGAUUUAAUUAUACAAUUUUUAAUAAGUGCAAAUUUAAUUGAACAAAAAACAAAACUUAAAACAGCUACUGAAAAUCCAAAUGAUAUUGAAUUAAAAGAUAAUCGUAUUCGAGCAUUGAGACAUUUGGCUAUAAAAAUCGCUGCUAAACUUAAUUGGGAUUUGGUAAUUAUUGAAAAACGUAUUCCUGUUGCGGUUGCAUCAGAUCUGAUUCAUUGUUUCGUACGAUUGACAACUCAAAGUGAUAAAAAUUAUAAAGAUCGUGAACAAUUACAACAAUUAAGUAGACUUGAUGAACCAGCACUUUUUGCUGUACAAUUAUUACAUAGAUGGACUGUAAGAACAUGUGUUCAAUCAUCAUUUCCAACGAAACCUAUAAAAAUUUUUCAAGUUAAUGUAGCUGGAUAUGUAAAUCCAUUACAACAUAUGCGUGGACCAAAUGAAAAUGUAAUUGAAAUGGCACGUGCAAAGGUGAGAGAAAGUAUCCAAGCAUUAGAAGUUUUAUUAGAAUGCACAUCAGUCGUACGCAUACCUGUAGAUGCGUGUUUUGGUUUAAUUGAUAUUGAAAAUGGUAUUGUACCAUGUGAUUGGUCUCGUACAGAAAUUUAUCCACUUGUUGAAUGUCUUGCACGUAUUGCUUAUGAUCUUGGUUCAAUAUAUUUUUAUGAACAAAAUUAUGUUAAUGCUUAUACAAUGUUUCGACGUGUUAAUGAUUUACGAAAUCAAUUAGAAUCAACAAAUUAUUUUUCAUCACUUGAUGGAUAUUUAAUAGCACUUCAUUCAAUAAAUCCAUCUAUGGAACAAAGUCUUUUACAAAAAUCUAAAGAACGUUUUCUUAUGGGUAUACCACCAUCACGUGCUUCUGUUGAAGAUUAUAUUUCCAUAUUAGCAGAAGAUAAUGAAAAAAAAGAAAUGACUAUGGCUGCUCGAUAUCGAUUAGAAGAACGUCUUGAAAUUGGAUCACAACAAUAUAAAGUUGUAUGUUCAUUUAAUCUAAUUCGAUGUUUACUCGAUGGUAAACACAUAUCAAAUACUCAAUAUGCAUUUGAUUAUCUUGAAACAGCACUUCAACGAUUAAAACAAAUAACACCAAAACAACGAUUAUUAUUGAACAGUUUUUUAAAAAUUCAUUUUUAUAAUUUAACAAAAAGUUUACAAGAACAAUUACGUACGGAUAAAUUUGCUCAUCUUGUUGGCCCAACAUUUUCUAUUCCAAAUUGGCAUUCAAAAAAACAACAAACAAUACAACGAUCUUAUUUACUCGAAAGACCUAAUGGUUCUAUACAAUUUAAAUGUCAAACACGUCUACUUCAUUCUUCGGAACCUCAAAUAUUGUUAGAAACUAUUACAGAAUUAGAUAAUGCAAAAUUACCUCAAAUAUUUAAUGAAUUAUUUCCACCGUCGAUAAUGCAAAUACCACUUGAUCAACCAUUGAAUAUGAUUAUGAAUACAAAUCAUCUACUUGGACAAUUAAUUCGUAUACUUCAUGAAAAAGCUAAACGUGCAAAAUUAUAUAAAAAUUAUACUCAAUGUCAUAUAUUAUUAACACAAGCUAUUGAUAUUCUUAGUCCAAUUCAUCAUCAAGAUAUGUCUAUUGGACAAGUUAUUAAAUAUCUUCAUUAUGAUAGAUUAUUAUUUGAUUUAUAUGAAACAAUAUCAAAACAAAUAUUUCUUGAUAAUGAAAAUAAUUUAUGGGAAAAAUGUCAAAGUUUUCUUACAGAAAAUCAUUCAGAAAAUGAUAUUAAUAUAGAUGUUGUACGUAUGGCAUUAGCUUAUGCAUUAUCACGUAAUGAAAUUCAAUUUAUACAAUCAUUAAUGCCAACAAUACGUCGAACUCGUCCUUAUCUUGAAUUAGCUAAAGUUUUUGCGCGUUUGUUAAAUAAUGAAAAUCAAACACAAAUACGUUCUGAACUUGCUCGAGAAUUAUGGGAUCGAAUAUUAGAUAUAUUAUCAGAUAAAAUUCAAGGAUCAACUAGUAAUAAACAAUCAAGAAAUCGUCAUCAACAAACAAAUUUAUUAAAUGAUAAAUUAAAUAUUGUUGAUCUACAAAAAUUUCUUAUUAAUAUUCAUCAUCCAAUAUUAAUACAAAUUAUAUUUUCACUUUUAUCACGUCUUUAUUCACUUAUACUUGUUGAACAAUCACAUGUUGAUAUUUACUCUGAAUAUUCACGAUAUUGGCCAACAUCAAUUGAUUAUCGACAACGUUCAAUACGUAUAUCAACAGUAGGACAACUUAUGCAAGUUAUAUUUGAACAUAUUCAAACAUUAAAAUAUUUACCUAUACAAAUAAAAUCUUCAUUAUAUCGUACACAAGCUGAUAUUUAUUUAACAUUACAACAAUAUACACCAGCUAUGCAUGCUUAUAUUAAUGCAAUAUCAAUUGAAACAUCUAUUUUUUCAUCAUUAAUAAUUACUCAACCAGAUGAUAUGAUGAUUAGAAAUAUGAUUAAAGCUGCAUUACAACUUGGUUAUCAUACACAAGUUGCUUGUAUAUGUCAAUUACUUUCAGCACCUGAUUAUAAUAUUAUAUUUAAAACAUUACAAGAAAAUUAUAUGAAUGAUGAUAUUGAUGAUUAUUAUGAAAGUAUAUGGGAUUUAGCAUUAUUAGAAAGUUUAAUUAAUAAUUUGAAUAUACGUGGAUAUGAAGAUAAAAAAAGAUUAGCUAUUCGAAUAUGUAAACAAAAAGAUUUAAAUGGAAAUAAUUCUGAUGAAAUUCGUUUUCGAAUGAUACGAGUUAAAAAACGACUUUUAUAUAAACAAUUACUUGUCCAUUAUCUUUUACCACAUUGUCGUUUAUAUCGAUCACGAGCAAUGAUGAAAUUUCAUUAUCAACAAAUCAAUUUUGAUUAA